AUGUCCAAUACGGAGUAUUUAUCCAAGGACAUUCUUGAAGAGCAGUAUAUCCGAUCGUUUUCUCCGUUUCAUUACGUCGAAGUAGCUUUAGGCACAAGUCGUAUCCAUUUACGGAACAGAUUUGUCACCAGCCCGACUUUAUCCCAAAAAGUAUAUUCUCUUAUUUGCACUGUGUUGACUUGCGCUCUCCACGUCUAUGUGACAAUUACGUACUUCGAAAAAUACUAUAAAUAUCCGGUUAUUUACUACACUUUCGUAACCUUAGCUAGUAUGCACUUUAUGACAUUCGCCUGCAAUAUUAUACAUCUAAGAUUUUUCAAUAGCAUAGAAAAUCAGGAAUUUUACGUGCAAAUGCAACAGUUAGACAGGAUGUUAAAGGUUCACGAUUGUUUGAAUCACAUGCAGUAUUUAUAUAAUAUUUAUACAGUAUCUGCAUCUACUCUGAUCUUGUUUAUCACCUUUAUCUGUGGCAUAUUUCUGCAUUAUUUAUUAGCAAUUGGUUUUAUCGGAAUUCUUUAUGGAGUCCUAUGUUGUGCCCUCGAAUGGAUGCAUUGCGCAAGCUUGUUGAUAUAUUUCUAUUUGCGUAUACGUUAUAUAAAUGCGAUAAUAUCGAAUCAUUUAGAAGGGAAAUUGGUUUUGUCAGAAAUUGAACACUUUCGACUACCAAGGAGAAGCUUGUUGCGACAUUUAGCAUCGUCGGUGCAUGAUUUUGAAUCAAGUCCCGUGGAUUUGUAUGUUGCGGCGUUGUUUGACGCUUACUCUACUUUUCAGAAUCUUUACAGAUUUCAGCUCCUAUUAUUUGUCGGCAACUUCUUUAUGCAUUCUCUUCUGAGUUUCUCCGCUGAAAUAUUGUCAGCGCAGAAAGGGUUAAUUAAUAGAGAAACAUGGAUAGAGUUCACGGACAUGCCAGCUAUUUCAUUGAUAUCCAUGCUUACAGCCACAGCAAUCAGCAUUCGUUGUGAAUUAUUUCUUCGCGAAGUAAUGCGUACAAGGCGGCUUUGUGUAAACGUACUUGCAAGACAUUAUGAUGGUACUGUUAUACUUUUUUUCCUAAUCUAA